CCAGUCAGCAAAUCUACACGGCCGCGCAAAAAUGGCCUUUAAAAUAUUAAUAAAUUUGAUAAUAUUUUUACUUUUAUCUUCGGGAACGAGGGAGGACGUCAGUGAAGACUUCUCCUCACAACAGAUCCUGAACCGAAGUGAUGAUGAGGUGUCCUUCAACGAUCCUGCAAGACCAGCCCUGUCCUACCCGACAUCCUUGGGCUUUCUGUUCGUAUUCUCGACCUUGCUCAUCGGCGUCGUAGUCCGAGCCAUCAUGCUGUGGAUCGGCAUGUGUAUCCCGUAUCGAGUCGUCAUGUUCACUCUCGGCGGGCUGGCCGGCUUCUGCGCUAACAGGUUCCCUUCUAUAAAACCUAUUGUUCACGUCUGCUUCAUAGAGGUUGACGUGCUUCUAAUCAUAUUUCUUCCACUCCUGAUUUUCCGAACGUCUUAUAAUGUUGAUGCUCAUUCUUUUUGGAGGAGCUUCCCCCAGAUUUUAUUGGUUGGGGUCCCUGGUGCGUUGUUGACGGCUCUAAUGGCGGCUUUUAUGGCAUUUUACUUGAUAGAAUCGUCCUGGACUUUCUCAACGGCUUUGCUGUUCGGGAUUGUGUGUUCGCCGAUUUAUCCUCUGGAGGUGGUAAAACAGUUGAAGGCUAUGAGUAAAGGGAAGUACAUCAGCGUUCUUUUACUCGGAGAAGGAUUGCUUGGUGAUGUGACGGUCAUGAUCGAGUUCACAGCAGUUUUUGGGUACAUAGCAGGGGCUUUAACCGAAGCUUCCCAAAUAACGCUGUUCCUAAUCCGAUAUGCAGGCGGAGGACUGCUCCUUGGACUAGUGAUGGGGAAAAUAACUGAUACCUUAGUAUCUGUUACAUACUACGAUCUACUCUGCGCUGUUACCGUGACAGUGGCUGGGGCGUAUCUAACGUAUUACAUUGGAGAGAAGUUUCUCUACGUAUCAGGGUUACUUGGAACAGUGAUAACUGGUGUCCUAGUCAGUAAUAAGAAGUCGACGAUAGCUGGCGAUGUGGAACAGGUCGUGUCGCAGUUCUGGAUGAUCUUGGGCCACGCGGCGAACACGCUGGUCUUCACUAUGAUUGGGGUUGUGAUCUUUGAGAAGGUGAGCGACGUGAUCAGCGUCAGACAAGUGUCGUUGAUCUUCGUGACGUAUACUACUGUGUAUUGUUCGAGGCUGAUGGUGUAUGCGGCCAUGACACCGCUGCUCCGACACAUCGGUUACGGGAUGACGUGGCAGCACUGCAUGGCGUGUGUGUGGGGCGGCUUGCGCGGCCCCCUGUCACUGUGUCUUGCGCUCAUCGUGCUGCAGACGCCAACCGUGUCGGAUGCAGGCGAAAUCUUUAUAAUCCAAACAGCGGGUCUAGUAAUCCUUUCCCUCCUUAUUAACGCUACAAGUAUGACGAAGGUUCUGAAGAUCCUCGGCUUGGCGGAGAUAUCCCUCGCGAAGAAGGCUAACAUGACGAACUGCGUCAAGCGCAUCAUGAUGACGAGGGACCGCUGUAUCUCAAUGCUGAAGAUGGACAAGUUCUUAGCUGAUGCCAACUGGGAUCUGGUACAGGAAGGCACUACGAUCAAGCACCCAUACCAGCUGCAGAUGUCCGGCCGUGACGAGGAUAGUGAGGAUGACACCUACAUGGGGUACCACUACACGACCUGCCCUGACUGCGAGCGAGAGAUACCCAACGAGCCCACCAAGAAAGAGUUCGCAGAGAUGACCAGGGAAGCCUACCAACGCGUCCUGAAAGCGUUGAAGAUCUCCUACUGGCGCCAGUACGAGCACGGGAAGAUCAGCAAGGAUGGAGUCAGAGUGCUGGUGCAAGCCGUGGAAGUGGCUGCAGACUCCGAAGAUGGCAGAGUUAAUCUGGAACAGCUGGGGACGCUGUGGAAACCAAAGACCCAUGCUGUAUGGCUUCGUCGUAAACUUGUAAACAUGAUGACUCCAGAAGCGGCAAACGCCCAAGUGCCGCGACAAAAAUGGCGGCAGCAAUGUUACAGAGUAGUCACCAACAUUUGGUUCGACGGAUUUAUAUACUUCAUGAUCCUUUGCAACACCCCUGUCAUUCUCUGUGAAGUGGCUCUGCCGGUACCCGUCUCAAAAAGCGUUAUGUUGACUAUUAGGGCUUUGAAUUUAUUCUUCUACAUCAUUUACGUUCUGGAGAUGAUCAUUAAGAUGUGCGCCUUCGGCUUCUGUGGUUACUUCAAGUCGCAUUGGAACAAACUGGAUUUCUUCAUCAUAGUGAUGGCUACCGGAGAUUUGGUCCUGGACGUGAUUGAUGCUCUCACGACUUGGGACAAAUGGAGUAACGUGAACUCCAGCUUCAUAACCGCGACCAAACUGCUCAGGAUGCUGCGGUUCCUCAGACUGUGCAAGCUGGCCAGGGUAUCAGUUCCAAAGAUCAUGGCUUACAUUGACCGUAUGAUCGACAUCCAAUUGGCGUUUGGAUAUGACGUCGGUAAGGGGUUCGUGACUGGUGCACAGGAGGUGUGCACACUGCUGCCUCAGCUGGUUGACAACAAACAGAUACAUGACAUGCUUACUACCAAACUGGAUAGUGAUAGGUUGGCAGUGACCCGUCAGCUAGGUCUGCUCCAGCGCGACCGGCCGUGGACAGCCAUCACCGUGAAGACGCGACAGGCGACCACCUCCACUCUUAAUAUUAUGAUACUUGAUGCCAUGCAGCUUAAGGAAGAAGGAUUUCUGGACGAAAUGGAAUAUAAGCUAUUGCUAAACGCGAUUCAGGAGAAGAUUCAGUUAUGUCGUCACAAGGGGAGCCUGGUGGCCCCCUCGUCUCCUGAGACUCAACUCCGCGCCGUCUCGUGGUUACAAGGAAACGAGAGGAUUGCCGAGUUCUUUCUAGAAAACUCUGAAAUACUCAACUUCAAUAUCAACGAUAUUUUGAUAUCUAGAGGUGAUGAACCGAAAGGCAUGUAUAUCCUGGUGUCAGGUCUUCUGGAGGCCACGUACAUACCCCCGGAUGAUGAAAUGGAUGAAGCCAUACCUAACUACGAGUUCUUCACCGACCUCAAGUUUGCGGAGCCAAGCCAGGACUAUAUCGUGUCCGGUAAUGCUGUUGGUGUGUUGGGGGUGUUAACAAACCGGCCUUAUAGCUACACAGUGCGGUGCGACUCCGCCGUGCAAGCUUACUACAUCACGCUGCCGAUCAUUAAGGAGGCGUUUAAUCUAGCCCCGCAUCCCAUAAUGGGCCUUGAGGCGUCUAUGUGGCGGGAGAUAGGCAUCAAGAUGUCCAUGAUGGUGCUGCCGACGGUGCCGGCGUACCACAGCUGGCCGGUGGAGAAGCUCAGCAUGAGGCUGGAACACGCCUUUGUGCCGUGUCUUAAAGCGUUUAAGGUGUUCGUGGUAAACGAAUUGAUGGAAGACAUAGUGUUGCUGGAUGGCAUCUGCCAGGACCUGGCCACCAGGGAGGUGUUCCAGCCGCCUUCUUAUAUACCUAGGACCGCCCACCGGCUGAUCUUCCCGAAGUCCUCGCAGCUGAUGGUGUCCGGCUCGUGCCCGGAGACCAAGCUCAUGAUCGUGCCCUCCAAGGACUCGGAUGAGCUGGACAUCAUGGAGGAUGAGGUCGACGAUCUUCAGUGUGAACUGAUAUCGAAUGUAUCAUCUCGUUGCCUGUACCAUCGCGUGGCUCGGCGGGUGUCGGUGGAGUCACGCGCGCCGUCAGCGCGACGCGGCCGCGGCAAGCGGCGCCGCGGGGGAAAGCGGGUCAACUACAGGGAGUCCGUUUGGGGCAAGCAGAUAUCCUCGCAAAUGAUCGGUGGCGCUAGCGAGAGGGAAAUGACGUCAAAGUAUUACAAGCCAAGCGUCGCAGAUGUGCCUGAAAAACUGGAGCCGACAAAGCCAAAAGGUGUCCAGGUGAUGGGCCCUACGAGGAGUAACACCGGCUCAUCCCUGCAACAAUCAGAGGAGGAGUUAUACAACACAAUGCUAUCGAAACUGAAGAGGCCUUCAACUGGAAACAGGAACAUGAAAUAGUACACAACUUGAAGAGGGUUUUGUAUACUUAAUGGAUUUUAUAUUGAAUGUCUACUGUUAAGCAUUUUGAUUUAUUUAUUUUGUACUUUAUAUCCAUUUUUAAUAAAGUUCAUAUUUAUUUGUAAAAUAAAGCUUUAUUU